AUGCCGGCACUGCUCACGCGACUUCUAUUCGCGCUCGUCGCCGCCACAACCUUCGCAGGCUUGCACACCCUCGUGCAAGCAAAGUUCAUCAGCAAGGCUGAACUCCAUGCAAAGCAACGCGAGUCGGCUGCUCGCAUCAAGGCCACCCUCCCCCGACGCGCCGUGGAUUCAACCACGGGUACCGGGGUGAAGAACAUCACGUUCUCAAACCCUCGCGCGUCUGAGUUCUACGUCGACGGGACCACGAUUCCGGACGUCGACUUCGAUGUUGGGCCCAGCUGGUCAGGCUUGCUCCCUGUCAGCAGCGAUCCGAAUGAGACCCGCAAGCUCUUCUUCUGGUUCUUCCCACCCGGCCCGCAGGGCAGCCUGGACGACCUCAUAUUUUGGACGAAUGGAGGACCUGGAUGCUCCUCGCUGGAAGGUCUUCUCCAGGAGAACGGGCCGUUCUCGUGGUCUUGGGGACAGGCGCACCCCACGCAAAACGAGUUUAGCUGGACGAACCUGUCCAGCAUCCUCUUCGUCGAGCAGCCGGUCGGAACGGGCUUUUCGCAGGGGAAGCCAGACGCUGCCAACGAGAACGACGUUGCGGCGGAGGUCGUGGGAUUUAUGCAGCAGUUCUUGGAGGUAUUCCAGGAAUUGCAGGGCAAGAAGCUGUACGUGACCGGCGAAAGCUAUGCUGGGAUGUAUGUGCCAUACAUCACGAACUUCAUCUUUGAGAAUCCGACCAUGCUCAACCUCAAGAUGACCGGUUUCUGGGUCUCUGACCCCGUUCUUGGAUGGGACGUCGUCCAAACUCAAAUUCCGGCUGUCGACUUCGUGCACAAGUAUCCGAACGUCUUCGCGUUCAACCAGACUUUCAUGGCACACCUGGACGCGGCAGCGGCGAGCUGCGGGUACACCGGCUACUUCGAGGAGCACGUCACCUUCCCUCCGAAGGGAUUGCUCCCGCUGCCGAGCAACAGCACCAGGGCAGUCCGCGGGUGCGACUUGUGGGACGAGAUCUUCGAUGCCGCUGUCACAAUCAACCCGGCGUUCAACGUCUACCGCAUCUUCGAUACGUGGCCGAUCCUGUGGGACGUGCUCGGGUUCCCCGGCUCUUUCCCGCAAGCACAGAGCCCCAUCUACUUCGACCGCGAGGAGGUGAAACGCGCGAUCCAUGCCCCGCUCAACGUCACCUGGGAGGAGUGCUCCGACAUCCGUGUCUUCCCGCACGGCGACGCGUCGGCCCCACCCGCGUUUACGGUGCUCCCAAACGUCAUCGAGAAGAGCGAGCGUGCGGUAAUCGUGCACGGCCUGGCAGACUUCAUCCUCAUCGCGGAGGGUACGCGCAUUGUUAUCCAAAACAUGACUUGGAACGGCCAACAAGGCUUCCAGACGCCGAUCCAGAACGACAGUUUCAUCGUCGACGGCAUGGGCGCGCUCGGUACCAGCCACAGCGAGCGCGGCCUCACGAUCCCGCAAUUCUCCCCGAAGGCUGCAUUCCAUAUCAUGGAGUUCCUCAUGGGCUUCCGAGAGAACCCGUGA